AUGGAUAAAUGUAGGCUUUGCCGUAAACCAGCCGUUCAAUUAUUUGAGACUGGAAAGGCGGGUGUAUAUGCUUGUUUUAAAUGUCAACCUCUUGUACCUGAAGUGACUAUAGCUGACAAUGCUUCAGAGCCUUUGGAUCCUCUGGAAGGAACUCCAAAUAAUGCUGAUGAGGAAAGUGGUUACAAACCUCUGUGUUGUGGCAUAUGCCACAAGACAUUUCAGAAGUCAAUGCAGUUGCAGAACCAUUUGCGCAAUCACCGGGCUGAGAGGCGUUUUGUCUGCACUUACUGCAAUAAAGCAUUUUCUCAGUCAAAUAACUUGAGGGCACAUCUCCGGAUACAUACAAAUGAGCGACCGUUUAAAUGCACGGAAUGCGGGAAAGCUUUUACGCAGGUGACCAAUUUGAAUAACCAUGUUCGACUUCACACUGGCGAGAGGCCUUAUGUUUGUCCAGAGCCCGGCUGUAAUAAGGCUUAUGCUCAGGUGACGAAUUUGAAUCAGCAUCGCAAGCGUCAUUUGAACGGUAGACCGGUGGAGAGCUCGUACGAUUGUACAGUGUGCGGUGAACAGUUCCAUCAACGUAACCACAUGUAUACACACAGACGGGAGGUGCACGGUGAAUCACGCGCGGUGGCGGCGCGGUACCCGUGCGGCGAGUGCGACGCCACGUUCACUACUGAACGGAUGUUGCGCGCGCAUCAAACGCAACACGCCACACCUGAUAAUGACGAUAAAGCGGAGGGUACCCUGCGGUGCGUGUUCAGUGGUUGCGGUGUGUCGUUGAGUAGCGCGCGCGCACACACCGAGCACCUGCUGCGGGCACACCAGCUGCGCGUGCUGGCCGCCCCCGCGCCCGCGCGACCCCCGCGCCGCGGCCGCCCGCCCAAGAUUAUGAAAGAUGAUCCGCUAGCUAACACAGAAUACCACAAUAUCAAAAUAAUAAAAGAAGAUCAUCCUCAAUACUUACCUAAGUUGAGAGUGCAGCUGAAAGUUCAGAGUAUGUUCGAGUGA